GCACGGAGCAGACCUCCCGCCGAGUCUCGGUCUCCGCUCCGCUUCGGGGCGGGCGCAGGUCACCCACGCGCUGGACCCGUAUUGGCGCCACUCGGCGGUCAAGCAUGGGGUUGCCUCGGAGAGCGGGGGACGCGGCGGAGCUGCGUAAGAGCCUGAAGCCUCUGUUAGAGAAACGCCGGCGCGCGCGCCUCAACGAGAGCCUCAGGCAGCUCAAGGGCAUCAUCCUGACGCUGCUGGGCAGGGAGAGCUCCAGCCAUUCGAAGCUGGAGAAGGCAGACAUCCUGGAAAUGACCGUGCGCUUCCUGCGGGAGCUGCCUGCGUCCUCCUGCCCGGAGGCAGCGCCCACGCCCUCCGACAGCUACCUCGAGGGUUACUGCGCCUGCCUGGCGCUCCUGACGCGUGUGCUGCCCGCCUCCCGCGUCCUGGAGCCCGCCCUGAGCGCUCGCCUGCUGGAGCACCUGCGGCGGAGGGCGGCCGGCGCUACCCCCGACGGCGGGAGCACUACGGACUCCUACGGCCCACCCUCGCCCUCCCGGCCGCCCGCCCCUGCGCCCUCGCCGCCUGCCGGUCCCUGCUGCUCCAGCCUUUGGAGGCCCUGGUAGCCCCUUGGCCCGCCCACGAUCCUGCUGACUGACCCUGGGGCCUGAGGAAGCUCUUGGUGACAACUGCUGUUUCUCACGGAGGGAUCACAGCCAGGCACCCACAGCCAGGCGGGAGUCCGGAUGUUUGUGCCCCGCGUGGCAGGCUGAAGGCCAGUGAAACUCACUAGAGGAGAUAAAGGGAGAGGCCCUGCCUCACCCCCACUCUUCACCGGGGUGUGGGCUGGAGAAGGGGCAGGUGGCCGCAGGAGAGGAUGAAGACCCGGCCCCACUGGUGUAAGUGGUGCCAGGCCUGGGCCAGUCCCUGCCACCCUGGCAGCCAACGUACCUGUCCCAGCACUGGUGCCAGAACAGAGGGCUGGACCAGGAGCUCUUCUGAGCCUGAGCCAGGGCAGGCAUCUGCUGUGAGUGGUCACUGCCCUUCCGGACGUUCUUGGCCUGGCCUCCUCGCCCACUCUGCUUGGGAAGCUCUGGGCAGACAGAAGCAAUGGCCCGAGGGGCUCUGCAGGCCAGGGAGCCAUCUGCUCCGCUCCUGGGCCCUCCUGUCCAAAGCCUCCAAUCAGAGGGACUGGACGAGCCAGGGCUCCGUGCUGGCAGUGGUGGUGGCCUGGCUAGGUGGGCGUGGGGAGAAUGUCCUCCCCCAAGCAUUCAUUUAACCUGGUGUGUGUGCCAGGUGUGCGGGAGGGGUGGGACGAGCAUGAGGGUGCCCAGUACAGAGACAGUGCCCAGGCGAGGUGAGCAGGCCCAGGUCAUGGAGCAGCGGAAAGCCAAGGGGUGACCACAGCAGGCUAAGGACCAGGAAACAAGUCUCCUCGUUCGCUCAUGUGAACAGUUCCCUGCUGCUCUCCAGGCUGGGCUGCUGGAAGCUACUUGUUCUUAAGACUUUUCUUUCUUCCCUUGGAAGCCAUUGGACCUGUGAAGACCAGGGAGGGGUCCACAGAUCCCUGGGGUGGGGAUGCCCAAGACAAGGCAGGAGCCCCACUGUCGGUCAUGUUCCCACCAUCCGCUGCGCAUCCUCCAGACGGCAGGCGUCCUCCCCUCAGUGCCUAGGCCACCAGCCUGUUCGAGGGUCUGGGGCGCUAGGGGCAUGAAGACAGAGUUGAUGGGCGGGUUGCCACUAAACCCACGAUGACCUUGGUGCUGACUUGGAUGGCGUGAUGUGGGAAGCUGUGGGUGUCAUUGCAGAAGUCACUGCUAAGAUAACAGGGUGACCCCCAGCAAGGUGUCCUUCCCACCCCCCUCUCUGGGCCCGGCUGGCUGGAUUGUGGGCUCCCGGAGGGUAGAGUUAGGGCUGAGUGCACCCCUGUCCCCAGGACACUGGGUGCACAGUAGGUGCUCAGUAAACAAGGUGGACUAAUAAAUGGGUGACGUGAGCAGACCAUGAUGUACUGACCCCCAGACAGCCUCAGCUCCCACCCGGGGCCCUAUUGUCCCUGUGAAUACUUGCCCCACCAGGCCUGUGCUCCCCGGAGGACAAGAGUUGGGAGGGUGCGGAGCGCAGUGCAGCGGUUUCUGCUUCCUCUUGGCUGUUCCCCACGGGCAGCAGGGGAGGAGGUGGGGCAGGUAACCCAGAAGCCCACACCCCCAUGCGGGCGUGGAGUUUCCUCCUGGGGUCCAGGGGUGCACAUCGGCAUGCGCUGUGCUGGCUCCUCGCCCCUCUAGGCACUUCUGGUACAUUUUUAAACUGUGUUAAGAACGGACCACCAGAGGCCCCUGGCCUCCUAGCGGCCGUGUCUGCCAGUUCUUGCUGCUGAGCCCUGUCUGGGUUCCCACUCAGUACUCUCAGUGACGUAACCUCAGCCAAGCUACAGCCCAAGUAUCAGGGAGGAGGCAGGUAGAGAGGCUGGUGACUCACAGGGCUGGGCCCUCCUGGGCACCUGAGUGGGCAGCCAGCCUGCUCUGGCAGGAAGCUGAGGUAGGCCCAGAGGGGGGAGGUCCUGGGCCCCAGGUGAGAAGCCAGCUUCCCAGCAGGAAUGUGCAAGAGCUGCCCAGAAGGCCUGGGCUGGCUCUGGGACUGGGCUUGUGAAACAGGGCCACCAACAUCCUCCUCCCACAGGGCACCUGCUGACACUCCGUCCUCUUGGCAGCUCCCCUGGCAUUCCCAGAGCCCUGCCUGACGCCCAAGUUGAGCUCAGGGCCCGUCGGGCUUUUUCUGCGUGGGAGAGAGAGGCUGCCUCCUCUGGGAGAGUUUCAUGAUGUUAAUGAGGCCGACGUGGUGCUCCGGGCCAGGUCCUGGGACGCCCUUUUCGGGGAUAGUCCCCUGACUGACUGUCUAUCUGGUUAUCACGCUUGGUUGGAGGAAAGGGCCCCUGUCCCUCAUAAACCGGUGGGC